GUAUAUCUGCUCUCCCUCUCUCACCAAUUCCCUUUUUAACGGUUCUGACGUCACCAACCUGCAAUUGAACGAAUGAACUGACGAACAACCGAACCUCUACCGGAGCAACCGGGCGGCAGUAGAGUUGCAGAGCGAGUCCCCGCCACCGCCUUGGAGGAGCCAAACGGAGUAAAGCGCACAGUGAGCCGCUGCGUGAACGUCGUGCAGGAACCAAACGAUGCGAGCGCUGCACACCUCCGCCCAGUAACACUUACCAUCGACUACUGGUAAAGAAGAGAAUCUUUACCGUGAUUUACCGACAGAAAAAAACAAAAGAGAGACGAGAGACUACCGGACAGCCGGACGGACAGACCACCGCUGAGACCACGCUUGAGAAACAAACAUCUGCGGUGGUUCCAUCGUGGUCUUUCUGCCCUGUGGAUCAAACCGAGUGGAUCCUUGUAUUUAAAUGCUUUAACGGUGCCGAGUCCCCGGCUUGAGAGCGAGAGAGAGGGAGCAGCCCAGAGCGAGAGAAAGACAGAGGGAUCACAGAGGGAUCGAGAGCAUAGCGCAGGAAAAGGAGGAAAUUAACCAAGAAAGAAGAAGAGGAUUUGCAAGCAGCUUUGUUUCCUCACACAAGUUUCAUUGCAAUCAGCGUUAUUGUUAAAUUUCUGCCGUGGAUCCCGGAAUCGGUAACGCUCUCAAGCUGUGUUCUCUAACCAUGGGAUGUACUUUGAGCGCAGAGGAGAGGGCGGCUCUGGACCGGAGCAAAGCCAUCGAGAAAAACCUCAAGGAGGACGGUCUCACCGCGGCCAAAGAUGUGAAACUGCUACUGCUCGGGGCCGGAGAGUCAGGGAAAAGCACCAUCGUCAAACAGAUGAAGAUCAUCCACGAGGACGGUUUCUCUGGCGACGAUGUAAAGCAGUACAAGCCUGUGGUUUACAGCAACACCAUUCAGUCUCUGGCUGCCAUCGUGCGUGCCAUGGACACACUGGGCCUGGAGUACGGAGACAAGGAGCGGAAGGCGGAUGCUAAGAUGGUGUGUGACGUGGUCAGUCGUAUGGAGGACACAGAGCCUUACUCCGCUGAGCUGCUCUCCGCCAUGAUGCGUCUGUGGUCCGAUUCUGGCAUCCAGGAGUGUUUCAGCCGCGCCCGAGAAUACCAGCUCAACGACUCAGCGCAGUACUAUUUAGACAGCUUAGAUCGGAUUGGUGCAACAGACUACCAGCCGACAGAGCAGGACAUCCUGAGGACCCGAGUGAAGACCACAGGCAUCGUCGAGACACACUUUACCUUCAAAAACCUCCACUUCAGGCUGUUUGAUGUGGGAGGUCAGAGGUCGGAGAGGAAGAAGUGGAUCCACUGUUUCGAGGAUGUCACAGCCAUCAUUUUCUGCGUGGCGCUCAGUGGAUACGACCAGGUGCUGCAUGAGGACGAGACCACGAACCGUAUGCACGAGUCUCUGAAGCUGUUUGACUCCAUCUGUAACAACAAGUGGUUCAAUGACACCGCCAUCAUUCUCUUCCUGAACAAGAAGGACCUCUUUGAAAAUAAGAUCGUCAAGUCUCCACUGUCCAUCUGCUUCCCUGAGUAUAAUGGUCCAGACACUUACUUGGAAGGAAUAGACUACAUUAAGUGUCAGUAUGAGAGCAAGAACAAGUCACCCAACAAAGAGGUGUACUCCCAUGUGACCUGCGCUACAGACACCAACAACAUUCAGUUUGUCUUUGAAGCCGUCACUGAUGUCAUCAUAGGAAAUAACCUGCGAGUGUGUGGCCUGUACUGAUGGGUCUGUUUAAUGUCAGCCAAUGGAUUCUCUUUGCUUGACUUGUGUUUACCUGCAAUAUGUUGUACUUCAGUGGUUUUGUGGUCCAUUGUAUGAUAUAUGGUUCAGUCGGGGCUAUGGGCUGGGUCAGUGAUGUCACUGCUCAGCUUGAUCAUAAGCUGGUCUCCUCAUUGAUGAACAGAUUAUCGGAGUAGUUGUUUGGUUUGUCGACUUGUUAGCUGGUUGAGACUUCUUUCUGUGUUUUUGUCUUUUUUUAUUUCCUCCUGAAGGCGAACCAACAGAUUUCAGUGUGCUGUAUUUUGAGCUUUUAUUUGUACAUAAAUUCCAAAUCUCUUGCUGCUGUGCAGAAAUCUUGCACAAUACUUACUGUUGACUCAAAAGGGGUCAAAGGUUUCUGAGACUUGUUUGUAAAUGCAGCAGUGCUGCACUCAAGGAACCAGACUGAUGUCAUCAGAGUGCUGCAGUCCUAGCAGUUAACUAGCAUUGCUUGAUCAAGUAUGAUAGGAACCAACUCUCUACACCCAGGUAUUUCCAGACUUUCAAUUGCAGCUUAUUUUGUCGCCAGUCUUUGUCUUAGGACCAAUGCACAAAUGAAUAUGAACCCUAUGUGUAUGAUUCAGAUAGUCUCACUUUCUUGAUCUGUCAGAAUGAAGAUGUGCAGACUCUAUGACUUACUGGAGAGAGAGGGCAAGAGUAUGGCCAGCAUAAAUCAAAGUAAUUGAAUUGAAAUCUAUGUGUUGUGUUCAUCUAGAAUAUUAAUUCCUGACGACUGCUUUGGUGCACUAAGAACACCUCUGUUAAUUAUAAAUCAGUAUUCAUAAAAUUAUAGGAAAUAUCAUCAGAAUAAAUAUCACUGAACCGUUCAUAGUGAUGGUAGUAAACACAUCCAACUUUAACUCGUUACAAAGUUUAAAUUAUUUUAGUAAAAGAACAUGUCUCUGAAUGAAAUGAUAUAAAAGUUGCAGUGAUAUAAAUGAUGGAUACUGUGAACAUGUUUAUUUAUAAGCAGAUGCUUUUGUGGAUUUUUUCAUACGGUGAUGAAGUUAAAAAUCUGUCCAGUUAAAAAAAAUGUUUUAAUUACAGUUCAAAUGUUGCCAAAUUUUCUCUCUCUCUCUUGCUUUAUGAAAUUAUGAAAAUAUGAGUAGCACUAAUGAAUCAUACAGUUCCCACAAACACACACUCUAAAGAGGUUUACAUCAGCAAAGCUUGGCUCAUUCAGAACCUGUGGGAGGAAGGAGGGAUUAUCACUCUUAAAAAUAUUUAAUCUAAUGAGAUCAAAGGUAAUCCAAUUUAAUAAACAUUGCUGUUGACAAA